GCGAGAUAGGAAAAAAUUGCUGCUUUGGAGACCCGGGCGGGCGCGAGCCAUCCGCGCGCGCUAAUCCUGGGCUCCCCUUUCCUUCCUUGCAAUGGUGGCCAGCACUGUUGCUCUUGCUGCUGCUGCUGCUAUAACCUCAUCCACCUCUUCUUCUUCUUCGGGAUCGUUAUUUUAAUUUAUAUUCUUGCCUAAUUGUUAUUAUUUUUAAAAUCUAGGACAGAACAGGAUGUCCCGCAAGGUUGGCUGUGAAGAGCAUGAUGAAUUGCACAGUCAGGACUCAGAUGCUCAGGAACGGCGGGACAACAGGUGCAAAGUCAAAUGGUCACGUGAAGAGGAUGAGCUAUUGAACUCCCUGGUGAAUCAGUUUGGACAUGACUGGAAGUUUCUUGCCAAUCACUUUCCUAACCGUACUGAACAGCAGUGUCAAUACCGCUGGCUCAGGGUGCUAAAUCCUGUCCUGGUAAAAGGCCCUUGGACGAAGCAGGAAGAUCAGAAGGUUAUUGAACUGGUGAAAAAAUAUGGCACAAAGCAAUGGACACUUAUAGCCAAGCAUUUGAAAGGCCGGCUAGGAAAACAGUGUCGUGAACGCUGGCACAACCACCUGAACCCUGAAGUGAAAAAGUCAUCCUGGACAGAAGAGGAAGACCGUAUAAUUUGCGAGGCUCACAAAGUUCUGGGGAAUCGAUGGGCUGAGAUUGCUAAAUUGCUGCCGGGCAGGACUGACAAUGCUGUGAAGAACCACUGGAAUUCCACAAUCAAACGAAAAGUGGACACAGCAAACUUUCUGAACGAAACAAAAGAAUCCAACCCCCUCUAUCUACUAGUUGAAGUGGAAGACAAGGAAAGCCAAAACGUACAAGAAACUGAAAAUCAGCAAAACUUUGUUACCAGCUGGCCUGUUCAAAGUUUGGAAAUCAAAGAGGAGGAAGCCACUGAGGAUGAGCCAGUUGGCUUGCAAAUGCUGCCUUCAGAGCAACUCCCUGAAAGCCUAGCGGAGGACAACACCAAAAGUAUACCAGAAACCACAGUGGCUGAUGACGCACUGGAAGAAGGUUCCUCUUCAUAUGCAUGGGUGGUGGAAUCGGGCAGUUAUUUGUGCACUGCAGCAGCCCCAGCCAUUACAGAAGCUCUCGACAUGAUUGAAUCUGACCCUGAUGGUUGGUGUGAUCUGUCUCAGUUUGACCUUCCUGAUGAUCUCUCUGCCAGUAACAGUAACAGCCCAGAGAGACAGACAUCAAUCAAACCCUAUUCCUCAGCGCAGAACGUGACAGAGUACCGUUUGGAUGGCCAUACCAUUUCAGAUCUGAGCAAAGGCAGCAAGGGCGAGCUCAUCCCCAUCUCCCCACGCACAGACAUGAGCUUUGGCACUCCGCCUUCUGUACUUAAGCGGCAAAAGAAGAGGAAGAUCAGUCUCACGCCAGUUUCAGAAGGGGGUACCAGUACCAGCCUCUCCUUCUUGGACUCCUAUAAUAGCAUGACACCUAAGAGCACUCCUGUCAAAAGCACCCCUGUCAAGACAUUGCCAUUUUCCCCGUCUCAGUUCCUGAAUUUCUGGACCAAACAGGACACACUGGAUCUUGAGAACCCUUCAUUAACUUCCACACCUGUGUGCAGCCAAAAGGUGAUAGUGACUACCCCAUUACACAGAGACAAAACACCGUUAAUCCAGAAAAACUCUGCGUUUGUGACCCCUGAUCAGAAAUACAUAACAGACAACACACCUCACACACCCACACCUUUCAAGAAUGCCUUAGAGAAGUACGGUCCCAUGAAGCCCUUGCCACAAACCCCUAAUCUGGAAGAAGAUUUAAAAGAAGUAUUGAGGAGUGAAACUGGCAUUGAACUGAUAAUUGAAGAGGAUGUGAAUCCAGAGAAGCAGAAGAGAAAACAGGGUCUGCACAGAAGUCCCAUUAAGAAAGUCAGGAAAUCGCUUGCAUUAGACAUUAUGGAGGAAGACUUGAAGAUGACAGUUUCCACCAUGGCCAAGCCCGUUUGCAUCAAAAGAACUCAGGGGAGCCAGUCUGUGAACUUCCUUUCUCAGUCCCUCAACCUUUCGGUGUCAAGCAGCAAGAGCAAUACAAGCUUGCUCAACAGAGGCUUUGUGCACAUCAAGGCAGAAAAGGCUCCAUCUUCCAAGAGAAUCCCUAGCAAGUACAGGCCACCUGCAUUGAUGUCCAGUGCUUGGAAAACAGUGGCUUGUGGUGGUUCUAAAGACCAGCUGAUCAUGCAAGACAAAGCUCGGCAGGUUUUGGGCGUGCUGAAACAGAACCACACAUCGCGGACAUUGAUCUUAUCUUGAAGAACUCUAUAAACUUUUGUACUCCUCAUUUUUAUAUGGAACUGGCAGUAGGAAGAAUAAAAGGACAAAACGUGGGGCAACCCUUUUCACAAGGCAGUAUCUUUUCCUUAUUUGUUUUCUGACUCCUGAGCUCUGUAAUAGGUGCCGUUAAUAAAGUGCUCCAUAUUCCCAGUUUUAUGCAAGGUAUCAGAAAUUAUGUACAGAGGAAUUAAUGUCAAGUUGGAUAACAAGUCUGCAUUCAAGUUGAACAUACCCACUCUUCUCCGUCGCUACCUCCUGUUCAUUUGUCUUCUUUGGACAUGUGGAAGGAUACAAGGGUUAAAUGGCAUAGGAAAAGCCAUAAACGUCUGGACUAGUUUUUUUGGUUUUUUGUUCCAGAAGCUAAGUAUAAUUAUGUGAAGUUAUCUGCCCAUAUCUGCAUUUGGGAUAGAAGGAAAUUGGAAGUAUAUGCAGUUUGCUCAAUGAACUAUGUGAACUAGAACGUAGUCUGUUGUAUUAUGUGAGUGUAUGUAUCUAACACCUUCAGGGCAUUGCAAUUAUACAGAUAACACAGUUACUA